CCCCGCCCCCCGGCAUCUCAUUAAGCGAGUGUGUUCCUCUCGCCCUGUCAAUAAUCUCCGCUCCCAGACUACUCCGUUCCUCCGGAUUUCGAUCCCCCUUUUUCUAUCUGUCAAUCAGCGCCGCCUUUGAACUGAAAAGCUCUCAGUCUAACUUCAACUCACUCAAAUCCGAGCGGCACGAGCUCCUCCUGUAUCUUCGGCUUCCCCCCCCUUUGCUCUUUAUAUCUGACUUCUUGUUGUUGUUGGUGUGUUUUUUUUACCCCCCUUUUUUAUUUAUUAUUUUUUUGCACAUUGAUCGGAUCCUUGGGAACGAGAGAAAAAAGAAACCCAAACUCACGCGUGCAGAAGAUCUCCCCCCCCUUCCCCUCCCCUCCUCCCUCUUUCCCCUCCCCAGGAGAAAAAGACCCCAAAGCAGAAAAAAAAGUUCACCUUGGACUCGUCUUUUUCUUGCAAUAAUUUUUUCCGGGGGGGGCAAAACUUUUUGGGGGUAUUUUUUUUUUUUUUUGGCUUUUCUUCCUCCUUCAUUUUUCUUCCAAAAUUGCUGCUGGUGGGUGAAAAAAAUGCCGCAGCUGAACGGCGGUGGAGGAGAUGACCUAGGCGCCAACGACGAACUGAUUUCCUUCAAAGACGAGGGCGAGCAGGAGGAGAAGAGCUCCGAAAACUCCUCGGCAGAGAGGGAUUUAGCUGAUGUCAAAUCGUCUCUAGUCAAUGAAUCAGAAACGAAUCAAAACAGCUCCUCCGAUUCCGAGGCGGAAAGACGGCCUCCGCCUCGCUCCGAAAGUUUCCGAGAUAAAUCCCGGGAAAGUUUGGAAGAAGGUGAGUACGCCCCGCGCGCCCCGCAGCCGCCCGGAAGAGUGAUUUUCCUCCAGGCGUUGGACUUGAGAACUAGCGAGCGCGCGGAGCCCGGGGCCCUGGAGAAGCGCUUCGGCUUUCUCUUUCGGGCCGCGAGCGCCCUGGGCGCCGUGGCGGGCUCGGCUGCCCGGCGCGCAGACUGCGGGCUCUCCCCGGCCGCGCUGAGUGGGGAGGCCCCUGUGGCCGGGGUUCUUGCUUCCGAGAAGGCCUUCAGUGGGCCGUGGGGGGCCAGAGACCAGGGUGUGCGGGGCCUAAAGCUCCAUUUUCAGUCCGGGAGCACACAUUACUCUGCGUACAAAACGAUUGAACACCAGAUUGCAAUUCAGUAUCUCCAGAUGAAAUGGCCACUGCUUGAUGUCCAGGCGGGGACCCUCCAGAGCAGACAAGCUCUCAAGGAUGCCCGUUCUCCGUCGCCCGCACACAUUGUUUCGAACAAAGUGCCGGUUGUGCAGCACCCUCACCAUGUCCACCCUCUUACGCCUCUUAUCACGUACAGCAAUGAACACUUCACCCCGGGAAACCCACCUCCACACUUACCAGCUGAUGUAGACCCCAAAACAGGAAUCCCACGGCCUCCACACCCUCCAGACAUAUCUCCAUACUACCCACUCUCGCCCGGCACCGUAGGACAAAUCCCCCAUCCGCUAGGAUGGUUAGUACCACAGCAAGGUCAGCCAGUGUACCCAAUCACGACAGGAGGAUUCCGUCACCCCUACCCCACGGCUCUGACCGUCAACGCUUCCAUGUCCAGGUUCCCUCCCCAUAUGGUCCCACCACAUCAUACUCUACACACAACUGGCAUUCCCCACCCGGCCAUAGUCACGCCAACAGUCAAACAGGAAUCCUCCCAGAGUGAUGUCGGCUCACUCCAUAGCUCAAAGCAUCAGGACUCCAAAAAGGAAGAAGAAAAGAAGAAGCCCCACAUAAAGAAACCUCUGAACGCAUUCAUGUUGUAUAUGAAGGAAAUGAGAGCAAAGGUCGUAGCCGAGUGCACGUUGAAAGAAAGCGCGGCCAUCAACCAGAUCCUGGGGCGAAGGUGGCAUGCACUGUCCAGAGAAGAGCAAGCGAAAUACUACGAGCUGGCCCGGAAGGAGCGACAGCUUCACAUGCAGCUGUACCCUGGCUGGUCCGCACGGGAUAACUAUGGCAAGAAGAAGAAGAGGAAAAGGGACAAGCAGCCCGGAGAGACCAAUGAUGCAAAUACUCCAAAGAAGUGUCGGGCACUGUUCGGGCUUGACCGACAGACUUUAUGGUGCAAACCGUGCAGGAGAAAAAAAAAGUGCGUUCGCUACAUACAAGGUGAAGGCAGCUGCGUCAGUCCGCCCUCUUCAGAUGGAAGCUUACUAGACUCGCCUCCUCCCUCCCCGCCCCUGCUAGGCUCCCCUCCCCAGGAUGCCAAGUCACAGACUGAGCAGACCCAACCUCUCUCGCUCUCCCUGAAGCCCGACCCCCUGGCCCACCUGUCCAUGAUGCCUCCGCCACCCGCCCUCCUGCUUGCCGAGCCCGCCCACGGCAAGGCCCCCGCCCUCUGUCCCAACGGGGCCCUGGACCUGCCUCCCGCCACUCUGCAGCCGCCCAUCAUGUCCUCCUCGUCGAUUGCACAGCCGUCAACAUCUUCCUUACAUUCCCACAGCUCUCUGGCUGGGACCCACCCCCAGCCCCUGUCCCUCGUAACCAAGUCUUUAGAAUAGCUUUAGCUUCUGAGCCCCGCUUGGUUUGUGGAGUGUUGCGUUUGGCUUUUCUUUCUUGUCCCCUGUUCGAAAGGUUUCGUUUUGUACUCUUUUAAUUUUGUGCCACGUGGCUACAUUAGUUGAUGUUUAUCGAGUUCAUUGGUCAAUAUUUGACCCAUUCUUAUUUCAAUUCCUCCUUUUAAAUAUGUAGAUGAGAGAAGAACCUCAUGAUUCUACCAAAAUUUUUAUCAACAGCUGUUUAAAGUCUUUGUAGCGUUUAAAAUAUAUAUAUAUAUAUACAUAACUGUUAUGUAGUUUGGAUAGCUUAGUUUUAAAAGACUGAUUCAAAAACAAAAAGAAAAAAAAAAAGCGAUUUUGAAGCAGCCCUCCAGAAGGAGUUGGUUCUGUAUUAUUUGUAUUAAAUACGAGCUUGCGAACCAAUCAUUUUACAUCUGGUUUUUAAACCAUAAUAAGGGCACGAGGAAUGUAGUGCCAUGAC